CGGCCGGCCGGCGGCAUCAGCCCUUUGUUGGCGAUGUGCGAGCGCAGCCUGUGCCGGCCGGGCUACGCGGGCCCGCUUUUGAACGUGCCCUCGGCCGGCGACUCCUUCUAUUUCCCCAGCUUGCGGGCCGGGGGCAGCCCCCAGCUGGCGGCGGCGCUGCCCGCACUCUCCUACCCGCGGAGCCCCCUGGCCUGGACGCCGCCGGCCGGCCACGCGUUCAGCGGCCCCGCGCAGCCCCCGCCCUACCUGGCGGCGGCCCCCGACUCCCUUCAAGCCGCCCUGCGCCCCGCCGGCGGAGGCAGCAAAGAGGCUCGGGAGGGCGCCCACAAAUACUACCCGCCUGACGCCGCUCGGAAGCCGGACGAGAGGGGCAGGCAGAGCCGGGGAGCCCCGGACCAGGAGCCCCCCGGCGGGCUGCCCGCGACCAAAGGGCUCAAGCACCAGCCGAGGGGCCUGCCGGAGCCGCGGGAUGUGGACUCUGCCGCCUCGGCCUACAAGGAGGAGCUCAAGCAAGCCGUCAACGGGAUGCUGCAGCCAGCGGCCGUCCAGCUGAGCCACAGACCUGCCCUGCAAGACGGUCUGCCCUGGUGCCCCACCCAAGGGAGGGCGAGGAAGAAGCGCAAGCCUUACACCAAGCAACAGAUCGCGGAGCUGGAGAGCGAGUUCGUCCUCCACGAGUUUAUUAACCGGCAGAAGAGGAAAGAGCUGUCCAACAGGCUCCACCUGAGCGACCAGCAAGUGAAGAUCUGGUUUCAGAACCGGCGCAUGAAGAAGAAGCGGGUGGGGAUGCGCGAGCAAGCCCUCGCCCUCUAUUAGGACGCC